AAUAAAUUUUACUUUUUGAUAAUUUUCAUAAUAGAUUUUCUGUUUAACAAGAAAAUAUAUCUUAAAUAUUUAGCUCUUACCAAAGAUUUAACACGUGAAAAUUAUAUAAAGUACCAUGUACAUCGUUUGUAUAAAGGUAUUAUCAAUUUAAAUAUGGCGGUAAUCCUAUCAGCUGAUACCGUCUGCUGGAAUGACGGAUUGCAAUUUGGUUAACUGGUCUGUUUAGACCAGUCGUUUUAGUACGUAUAUUCUAUUUAGUGAUGAUUAUUCUUACAUGAUUCGCACGGAUACAAAUGGUAUUGAGGUAUUGCUUCUCAUGACGCAGAAAUAAAUAUAAUUAUAUCCAAUGUUGACAGAAUUUGAAAGGAACGGAUUUUUUAGCCUGUGUCACUGACAGGUGGUGCAGGAAUGCAGUUAAAUACGUAAAAUUUUUUUUUGUCAAGUAUAUCAACGUCGAUUUAGUAUUUGAAAAAAUUGCUAAUCACAAGUAGAUUCGGCUGUGAUGAGUGACUCCGAACAGCGGCAAUUGCACGUGCCUUAUCGAGAAUAUCACAGUCAAAAUAAUACCAAUCCUCCUGCUUUGAUUGAAACUGACGCGUUAGUAGAUCUGUCAGUAACAUCCAAUAGCUGUGUAUCACGAAACUUGCCCACAGAACUACUUCCAGACGUUGAAUUUGUUCCAAACAUAAGUAGUGAUCAAACUAUAGCCAUUGAUUCUACUGGGAUAGACCGGGAGAGCCAGCCUCUCCUUGGUCGGUUGGAACUCGAUGUUACCUUUAACCGAUUUCCUGAUGAUCCACAAUUCUCAGAACUAGUAUGGCAAGCAGAAUGCGCAAUAGACAAUGGAAUCUUUCCUGAAAGAAUAUAUCAAGGUUCAAGUGGAAGUUAUUUUGUAAAGAACUCGGCAGGGAAGGUGAUAGGUGUUUUCAAACCCAAAGACGAAGAACCUUAUGGAAGAUUAAAUCCAAAAUGGACAAAAUGGAUGCACAAACUCUGCUGUCCAUGCUGUUUUGGAAGGAGUUGUUUGAUACCAAAUCAAGGAUAUUUAAGCGAGGCUGGAGCCAGUUUAGUUGACCGCAAAUUAGGCCUUGGCAUUGUGCCGAAUACUAGAGUAGUUAAACUUGUCAGUAAAACUUUUAACUAUCCACGUUUAGAUCGUCAAAAAGCACGUAUGAAACAAGCUAUCAUGGAUCAGUUUCCUACAGUUGGUUCACAUUUCAAUCGUAUUGGUUUACCUCCUAAAGUCGGGUCCUUUCAAGUAUUUGUAGAUGGUUAUAAAGAUGCGGACUAUUGGUUAAGACGAUGGGAACAUGAACCUUUAUCACCACGCUUGAGUCUUAAGUUUCAACUUCAAUUUGAACGUUUGGUUAUUCUAGAUUAUAUCAUCAGAAAUACAGAUAGAGGUAACGAUAAUUGGCUUAUUAAGUAUGAUAAUAGUGUGGAAAAAAAUGGAUCAGAGCAUGGAGAAGUUAAGAUAGCAGCGAUAGAUAAUGGUUUGGCAUUUCCAUUUAAGCACCCUGAUUCUUGGCGUGCUUAUCCUUAUCAUUGGGCAUGGUUAAGUCAAGCAAAACAACCAUUCAGUGCAGCUACGCGUGAAUUAGUCUUGCCUCAGCUUUCUGAUCAAAAUUUUGUACAAGAUCUUUGUGACGAUUUGUACCAAUUAUUUAAACAAGAUAAAGGAUUCGAUAGACAUCAUUUUGAUAGGCAAAUGAGUGUAAUGAGAGGACAGAUUCUGAAUUUACAACAGGCAUUGAAAGAUUCCAAAAGUCCAGUGCAAUUAGUUCAAAUGCCUGCUGUUAUAGUCGAGAAAGCCAAAGGAAAUGGCACACGAAGUCUGUUCUUAUUUUCUGAUACAUUCACCCAGCGCUUCCAAAAUAAGAGUCCCUUCUUUUCCUGGUGUUAAGCAUCUCUUAAAGAGUGCUUAAUUCAGUGUUAAUAGCAGUACCAGCUAAGAAAAGGAACUCUAUGGUGCACUGUAAAGCUUUGAUUAAUUCUUUGUUUAGAUAUCCAUCUCUCUUCAUUAUUGGAAUUAUUUUCGAUAUAAUUUUUAAAUUUAUUGAUCGAUGGUUACGUUUAAUCUAUCUUCUAUUUAUAAUCUCUCAUUUUAAUUAAGGCAUAACUAGCAUUCUUACACAAAUAUUGUAUACAGUAAAUAUACCACAUUAAAACUAAUUUUUUUAAUAGACAUAAUAUAAAAUAAAACAGAGUCAUAAUAAGUACAAUCGGAUAAUAGAAUAUAUCGGUUAAUAUGUAUUUAUAAAAAAAUGAACAUACAUUUCUACAGUUUAGGAAAUCUUCUACUGCAUACAUACAGAUGCAUUAUUGGCAAAUACAUGUUAUAUAGUAACUUGUGCCAAUCACUUAAUACAAAGUGUGCUGAUACAUCUGUGUCAUGUGCCUGUGUGUGCAUAUACUUAAUAUCACAAGAAUAAAAUAUUUUACUGUGAUUUGCAAGGAAAUUACAGUGAUAUUAUACAGAACAAACAUUUUUAAAUGUAAUUAAAAUAGAAAACUAUAUUGUUAUCAUCAAUAUUUUUCUGGGAUAUUGUCAUCUGUAAGAAUUGAAAUUACUUUAUAUAUGUCUCUCUCUUUUCUUUGGAACUUAAGUUUCUUGAAUUCUUAAAAUUACUUUUGCUAGUUAAAAUCAUUAUAUUAGUUGUAAAUAUAUCAUACAAUUUAUAUGAUAUUAAAAUAAACAUCAGAGAUUCCUCUUUAUUUAUUACUUAAUUUACUAUCUACUAGACAAUAUAUACAAUAAAGGAUAUGUACUAUAGCUCACUUUUUGUAGAGUUUAUGCUCAUAUACUAGAGCAAAUGAUUGUGCAGAAACUCUACGUGUAAUAAAGUGAGACAAUAAUUUCACUUGUUUUGUAUAUAAAUCAGCUAUAAUAUGCUGCUUAUACUUAGAAUAUAUGCUGAGAAUUUUA